AUGAAGUUCAGCAUCCUUGCUCUCUCGACCUUGUUGGCUUUCGCCGCUGCCGCAGACACCACCACCGCGAACCCUUCAACCAUUACCACUACUCCCGAGGCUGAGUGCGCCAAGAGCUGCGAAGCCACGGAUAUCUGCUGUACCGCAAAGUGCUACAAGGUCCCCUGCCCCAGCGAUAACCAGGCAAAUGACACCAAUGACUGUGUCUCUUCCUGCCCUCAGGGCACUGGCUCCCCGGCCGACACCCAGAAGUACGCCGACUGUGAGCAGUCCUGCUACAGCUCGCACUUCUGGGGUGGCAAUGGCAGCGGUGCAACUGCAACCCACUCAUCCGGCACUUCCACUGGUACCGACAGCACUGCCACACAGACCAGCUCCGACUCGUCGAGCACUGAUUCCAAGUCUUCCGGCAACAAUGACAACAACAACAGCAGCAACGAUGGCACUUCCUCCUCCGGCACUGCUACCAGCACCUCGGGCUUCUCGCAGCAGACCACUAACGCCGCUCCCAAUGUUAAGCUCGGUGCCUCCGCUGCUGGUCUCUUCGGCCUGAUUGUUGCUGCCUUUGCUCUGUGA